AUGACAAUAGGAACACCUAACUGUCCAUCUUAGUAGAGAUUUUUGUAGUAGAUAUACCUAAAAUGGGGAAAUCUCAUUUUAAAGAUGAUUAAGAAUGGAAUUAUAAUAUAAUAACUGGUAUUUAAAAAAAAUUGA